AUGUCUGAUCGCACCUCCUCGGCGUCACUCCGAGCAGGGCCUCCAUCACCGUCAUCUCCCGCCGCUGGGUUGUUAAAGGAAACCCACUCUUCUUUCGCCUCCUCCGAACCGACGCCGCAAACGCCGACAUCGCCUCCGUUGAUGUCGGUCAGCGCUCAGAACUAUGCCUCCAACUUCGCAUCCUCGCAGACAUCCUCCAGCCAGGCGACAUCACAACCUGCGAACCUUUCAUCCCCUCCAUCCUCCGCCCCAAUGUCCGCACAGGCGUCACAGCAGCCGGCAGUAGGUAUGACGGCUUCGUUCCCCACGCCCGCCAGCAGCGUGACCGGUCAUGUUGCCGGCGCAACCUCCAUGGAUGAUACCGAGAGCACAGAUAACAAACCCCUGGGGUCUGAUGCAGGCGCAACAUCUAUGGCGCCGACAGAUCCAUCGUUGCGUCAGGUCGAGCACAGGCCGACGAACCAUGACCGGCCGUUGGGAGGAUUGGACACGGACACAGGAACCAGCGUCGCCAAAGCAGCGGCAUAUGACGGCGCCAUGGAUAUCGAUCAGGACACGGCGACUACGUCCCAACACCAGUCGAGCCUAGAUUCUUUGCAGAAGGAGUUUUCCUCUCCUUUCCAUCUUUGCAAAAACUCCUACACUGCAACUGGUCCAGACCCAGCUUUAGAUCUGGUCUCGCUUUACGGGCUCGGUCCCGGUGGCGAAAUCCGUCGCAAGAAUGGACCCAGCCUGGGGCUCGCGGGUAGAAACAAGCCCGUGAAGAACGAUCCUAACAAGUCUGGCGGCCUACGACACAUGACGAUGUGGCCCGAGGAAGAAUGGCAAAACCAGAAGGUGUAUGGGAAGGAUAUCAAGGCUGCUGAUAUUGACUCGACCUUGUAUAACCUUCAGUUGAAAGCCAUGAAGAUGGAACCAGGAAUGGUGCCGAACAACGACUAUUGGGAAGAUGUCCUGGGACACGAGAAGCCAUCGAAGCAUGCGGGUAGCGGCGAGGGCAGUAAAAAGCCUGCUGCGGCACCCAACGGUGCUCGGAUUCCUGGCCCUCCGAAUGGAACGCCCGGCGCCACGGACGCCGAGCGGACGCGACCCAGCCGAGGCCGCAAGCGACAUUAUGAUGACAACAGUUUCGUCGGAUACGGCGAAGGCUAUGCAGACGACGAUGAUGACGGUGCAUUCUACUCUAACGGUGAAGGAAUUGGCAAGAAAAAGCGAAAGAAGGUAGGGUGA